GGACAUUGAAAUAAAAUAGAAGAAAAUCAAUCAAUCUGACUUUAUCAAUAUAAGACAUUAAGCUUAUGAGAGAAGGUAUUGUGAGCAGAGACCAAAGAGUUCAACACCCUCUGAAAAGUCAUUAGUGGAUCCUGAAAACAUAUCACCAGCCAAUCAUUCAGUUUAAAAUCAAAUUACGCUGUGUACCCAGCAAGUGAAUAAUGGGCCCUUUAAGUGUCCAAAACAUUGGUUGACACCUUGUUGGUUAUCAUUGACAUAUCUCAGAUUACAGCUGUCAUGGAAUGUGUCCUUUAGCUUGACGUCACCUGGGGGGCUGACGAGCUGCGGGGGUGAAGGCAGCACAGAUAGUGUCUAACAUACCUAUAUAUGGUAGAGGGAGGGGAAAAAAACACUCGAAAACCGGUAGCUGUGCCUGCCUAUUGACCUGAGUAAACAAGACUUGACGGAACACCCGUAUUGAUUUGAAUAGGAUACUUGUUUGAAUAUUUCCUCCAUGAUUUAGUCACUUAGCUUAAGGUUGAGAAUAUAUCAGAUAUAAGCCUGUGAGUGUAUCAAAGAGACAGUGAAGAUGAGUUGCCCCAGAUGUGGAAAAGCUGUGUACUUUGGAGAGGAGGCCAAAGCACUUGGCAAGAAAUGGCACAAGACUUGUAUGAACUGUGCACAGUGUAACAAGAAGUUAGAUAGUUUCACCAUCAAUGAACACGAGGGAGACAUCUAUUGUCGAGGAUGCAGUGCGAGGCUGUUUGGCACCAGCCCUCCAUUGAAUAAUUCCUCCAGUCUCUACACUAAUGGAAG